GUAGCCAAAAUUAGGUUUGAGCAUUUGGUGACUUUGGUCUCAAAACUCUUUAGAAACACCAUCUUCUCCUCUUAAUACCAGGCGGUGGUGGGAAUUGAUGGAAUUUUCCAAAACAAUGGAGGUGGUAAUGGCAUCAUCAAAACUAGAUGCAGGAAUAAGUUGUUUUGAUAUUGAAACAGGAGCAGAACAACUUCGUCUCAAAUCAUGUGCUUCUCCUCCUCAUGGUCUCAUCAGCUUAUCUGAACGCUUCUUUGUCUCCUCUCAAGUUCGCGAAUCCUCCUCUUCUUCUUCUGGUUCUAUCCUCCACUGGUCCCGGGACAAGCCUGUAGCAGAUGUUAAAAGCUUUCCUGCUGAACCAAUUAGUCCUCUUGUUUCGAAUUCUGAUGGCACUUAUAUCAUUGGCGGUGGUUGCUCUGGUAACAUUUACCUCUGGGAGGUUGCUAGUGGAAGACUACUUAAGAAGUGGAAUGCUCAUUAUAGAGGUGUAACUUGUUUGGUAUUAUCUGAUGACGAAUCUCUUUUGAUUUCCGGGGCUGAGGAUGGAUGUGUCCGUGUCUGGUCUCUUCUCAUGAUAUUUGAUGAUAUUGGAAGGACGGCCGCCACACAUCUGUAUGAACAUAACUUUUCUGAACAUACUCUAAAGGUGACCGAUAUUGUUACAGGCCAUGGGGGAUGCAAUGCAAUUAUUAUUUCUUCAUCUGAGGACCGUACGUGUAAGGUUUGGAGCUUAUCUAAAGGGAAGUUCUUGAGAACAAUAGACUUCCCUUCAGCGAUUAAUGCAGUCGCACUAGACCCCUGUGAACACAUAUUUUACGCUGGUGGUAAGGAUGGCAAGAUAUACGUUGUGUCACUUACUGGUGAGAACACCUCUGCGAGCAAGUAUGGGAUGCAUAUAGUUGGAGCAUUAUCUGAUAACAGCAAUACUGCUGUCACUUGCUUAGCAUUUAGCAAAAGUGGAGUCCUAUUAGUCUCUGGGUGGGAGGAUGGCAGAAUUCGGAUUUGGGACACAAAAAGCAAACAAAUUGUCCGUAUGCUGCAACACUCAAAAGGCCAAGUCAGCAAUGUUAUUGUCGUCCAUCGGCCACUCAAUUCGGCCUCUCAGACAUCAAUGGCAACACAAUCAUCGGCAUCUAAAAGGAACGCAUCAUUGCUACCACCACUGGAUAAAUAUGUAACCUCAACAGAUGACAAUGAUGACUUUAAGACUGUUACUGCAUCUCAACCUCCUCUUUCUAGAGUCACAGACGCUUUAUACUGCAGUUCUGAUGUGAUGAAAAGUCAAAUAAAAGAACUCCAGCAAGAGGGUUCGACUGCUGCUUCUCAACUGGAAUUGGAUAGACUAAGGGUAGACUGCAAAAGAUCUCUGCAGAUGUCCGAGCAAUGGAAGAAGAUGCACGGUGACCUGCAUCAGUUCUGCGCAGACGAAUUAGUAGAUUAUGGGCGAAAUGGGUGUGCUAAAUAAAAACAGUGCUAGCUGUGGCCCAGAGUGAUCAGAUUUUGUACUUAUAAGUAAGUAAGUUAUUUAGGUUAAUUUUAGGAACUGAAAUUAUUUAUUUAUUUGAGACAUGAUAGUGGAAUUUUUGGCAAAUU